AUGGAGGAAGAGGCAACCCAGCAAACGCCAGAUGCUUCUGAAAACUCGCUUGCUUGGAUAGAUGAGAAUGAGACAGACCCUCACGUUCUAGCUGCUGAUCUCACAGCCCUCGCUACUGUACACGCGGUCAACACGGAAACGCUAUGUGCAGAGGUGGACUCGACAUUGCAGAAGCUGCUCUCAGAGUGCAGAAAACUAGAUUUGGAGUGUGAGAAGAUAUUUGCACAGAGCCUGGCAGAGGAGAAGAGCCCAGAGGGUCCCCGAAGCCCCAAGGCUGAGGAAACGCAGCCCAAGUCAAAAGCACAAGCAGCAAUACCGAAGAGGACCACUUUUGCUGCAGCCGAGCCUAAACGCUUCGUACCCAAAGUUGUACGCGCAUCGCCUAAGCCAGUUCGGCCGUUCUUGCCUAAGAAGCAGUUGCAACCCAAGGGAUAA